AGGAGGAAAGCAGAUCCGGUUGGUGGCUGUGACAAGCAUGUGGUGACAAGGAUGGAAACGGAUGGAAACCGAAGACUCAGCUGGAUGUCAGCAUCCUACAGUUUACGUACAUAUUGAAAAACACACACUCAUUAAACUGCGCUGUCAAAACUCUGUGAGAACAGUGUUUACAAAAUACACGUUUAAGCUCCGUGAAGAUGGCUGGUCGAUCUGGAAAUGAAGAUCUGUUUGACAGUAUUGUUAUGGCGGAUGAAAGGUUUCGAGGGGAGGGCUACCGGGAGGGAUUUGAGAAAGGGACUCGUCGAGGACUGCAGGACGGUCGCAGACAUGGAGCCUGUCAUGGGGCCAAGCUGUCGACUGAGAUUUCCUUCUAUUAUGGGUUUGCCAUCACAUGGAAGUGUCUCCUCCAACAUAAUACAGAUGUCAAAUCAAGAAAGCGUAUGAAGGCAGUGGACUCUCUCCUGGCUUUGGUCCAAAACUCCCCUCAUGAUGAUCCGCAGUCUGCACUGCUGCAAGACAAUACGGAGAAACUUCGUGCAAAGUUCAGACAGGUUUGUUCUAUGCUGAGGGUACCGACUGACUUCAAGGAUUACAUCAAAACUUGUGAGCAGACAUCUUUCUGAAUCUCUGGUGAUGAUGUGGAGGAGGAGCUGAGCUGACCUCUGUUGUGAACAGAAGAGGAGGAAGCUGAGCUGCUAACAACCAGCAGCUGUGAUGUUAAACUUUGAGAGGACAUCAAGUGACUGUCUGCAGUGGUGACUUUGACUUAAUGUUAAUCUGUAUUGCACUCAGUUGUGUUUUUUACACACAGAACAUUUGAGGUAAGAAGAUACGUUUGGAAAACAGAUUAACAGUGGGUGUAUGCUGCUCCCAUUGAACUGUGCGUGGUGUGGACAAAUUGAUAGAAAUGUAUGACAUAGUAUGGCUCAACAGCACCAUAAACUACAAAAUUUCUCUUAUUCAACUUAUUCUCCAGCUGAAUGAAGACAAGCUGAAGAUUCUAACCUCUAUGAAUUAACAUUUCUUAGAGGACUGUUGCUUAGACGGCAUUAGUUGUAGCUGUGUGUACCUAAUAAAAUCCACAUGUAGUUAUGGUAGCAUAAUUUAAUCAAGUAAAGGUAGCAAUACAGCAGGGCCACCCUGUUACAAGUGAAAGUCCCACAUUCAGAACUUUGCUAAAAAAAAAGUGGAUCAUAAUCUGAUUGAGUUAAAUGUGACCUUAAUUGCGCUAUAUUUAAUAUUUAAACAUAGUAAAUAUGUUGUAUUAAAUAUGGUUAGUAGAGUAUAUUUAAUGUGUCAUAAUAAUAAUUGUAAAAUAACUAGUAACUUAUCGAAUAUGUUGAACAUAUACUUACACACACAAACUAUGAAAUGUAGCUGAGUAGAAGUAAAAAAGUAAAAUGUAAUUGCUCAAGUAAUGUAAAAGUACCUCGGAAUUGUACCUAAGUACAACACUUGAGUAAACGUACUCCUCCUGUUAUAACAAUAAAAUGCUGAUGACGUGUUAAUCAGUAUAUCUUUAUUCUUUGGAAGGGACCAACAAAUCAAAUGCCUUAAUAUUUAGCUUAUUAUUACUUCAGUGCAAAAAAAAAAUAAAGUGAUGCUAGAGGAACUGAUUCAAUUCCAGUUUGCCAAAUAGCCAUUAAUCAAAACAUCAGUAUUUGACUACCUGGGAAUGAGACUCAGUAGUCACCUCACUGUCUGUUGUCAGAAUUGCUGAUGCCUAGAAACAUCCCGAAUGCAGCAAAAUGAAGAGAAAAUAAGAAAAUACAGACAGACAGACUAUGGUCUGUGUAGAAAUAGACCUCACCCCAUGUAAGUGAUGAUUGAAAGGGAUUAUUUUUAUAUGAGUCUAUACAUUGUUUUGAGAAAAAAUCUGCAUAGUAUACCUUUAAUGGAGGACUUUUGCAUUGUGGUUUUGUAAGUAACUUCGGUGAGGGAUUUGAAUACUGAAAGAAAGAAAACAGCUCGUCAAAGCAUCUCAACAAAACUGAAAUGGGUGUUAAAUAUAAUCUGCGUGAUGGAAAGAUGCCUCCACAGACAAAAGAGAGAAGAUAUUCUGCAAACUUCAGAAACAACAAGCCACUAGAGGGUGGUGAUGUCACUCAGUUAUUAUACCACGCUAACAAACAGUCUCUGGUCCUUCUCUCUCCCUCUGGGAAAGAACUGGCCGCUACACUGAUUGUUAGGGUGAAUAUAUUCUUCUCCAACACUGUGGUUUAUAAAUGGGGUAUAAUAACAAAUAUUGUUUAUUAAAGAAGCAGUAAUAAUGGCUUUACCUGAAUAACCUCAUCGCUGUUGUGUACCAAAGACACAUUGUGUGAUGAUGAAGGGCACAAAUAAAUAUUCUGUUAUGGAUUUAUCUUACUCCGGUUUCCUCCACAGUCCCAAAAACAUGCUCAUUAGGUUAAUUGGCUACUCUUCACUGGCCCUUGAUGUGAGUGUGUGAGCAUAUGGGAUUGUCUGUCUUUGAAAAGUCAACCACUGACACCCCCCAGACCCUCACACACAUACACACACACACACACACACACUCUCUCUCUCUAUCCUUCUUUCUCUCCUCCUUCCUCCCUCUCUCUCUCUCUCUCUCACACACACACACUCACACACACUUUUUUCUUUCUCUCUCUCUCCCACUCUCUCUCUCUCUCACACACACACACACACACAGACACAUGCACUCUCCCCUUGCACGUUCAUCACUCUGCACUUUAUAAAAACGCGCGACCAUCUGCAAAUGUAUACCUCCACCAUAACCAGGCACAUCCCCUUGUACAUGCAGAUGUAUAUGUAUACUAUCUAUACGGACCUUUUGCAUUUCACUAUUUAUCGUUAUUUUAUUCUCUUUUCUUGUGUAUGUCUGCUGCACCAGAUGCCAAAACAAAUUCCUCGUAGGUGGAACCUACCUGGCAAUAAAAGUUUUUUUG